CCUAGAUCUUUGGCUAGCGGCAGAGCGUCAUUAAUUGUGCGACUGUGCAGUGUUUGCUGAAGAGGACACAUUGUGGGACAACGGAAAAAGCUAGUAGUAGCGACAACCAGGCAGUUUGCUACAGAAGCAAAAACACACAACCAAUGUCCAGCGAAUAUUUAACACCGUCAAAGGAGAAGAAUGAUGUUGCCAGUGCCACAGAGAAUAAAGAGGGACAGAGCAGUGCUUAUAAAAAAGAAACCGAGACUCUCUCAAAAAAACAGAGGAAGAAGCUUAUGAGGCACCAGAAAUGGGAAGAGGAGAGGAAUCUUCGCAAGCAGAAGCGGAAGGAGAAGAGGCAGAAGAGGAGCCUUGAGAGGAAGAACCAGGGGGAGGAGGGAGGGGAGUUUGUGGGCCGGAAGCGUUUGAGGAAAGAGGUGACGACCAGUAGCCCCCUGAGACUGGUGAUAGACUGCAGCUUCGACAACCUCAUGAUGUUUAAGGAUGUGAGGAAGCUCCAUAAACAAAUCCAGAGAUGUUAUUCAGUUAACAGACGAGCGGCGCACCCUGUUCAGUUUUAUUUAACCAGCCUUGGUGGACAGCUGAAGCAAAACAUGGAUAAGACUGAUGAAGGAUGGGUUAACUGGAAGGAUAUAACGGUGAAAACAGAGGCGUACCAUGAGGUGAUGGCCAAGGAGGAGCUGGUGUACUUGACCUCUGACUCUCCCAAUGUGCUGACAGAGCUGGAUGAAACCAAGGCCUAUGUCAUCGGAGGCCUGGUGGACCACAACCACCACAAGGGCAUCACCUUUAAACGGGCUCAGGAGCUGGGGAUCGACCACGCACAGCUCCCACUGAACAGCUUUGUCAAGAUGAACAGCCGCAAAGUGCUGGCGGUCAACCACGUGUUUGAGAUCAUGCUGGUGUACCUGGAGAAGGGGAACUGGCAGGAGGCCUUCUUUACUGUCUUGCCUCUAAGGAAAGGGGCCAUGCCCCUGGGCCAGGAGGGCACAGCCACAGAAGAUGAGGAGGAGGAAUCUGACAGAGACUCAGACACAGCAGAGACAGUCACACCGAACACAACGGGCAACAAACAGGACCAACAGUAGAACGUACAGGGAGGACAGGACACACUGCAGUCGGAAGACGCCCCUAAAUGUGCAGCAUAGCUGUGUCCUAAUAUGAAUUAUCGAUUGCAAAAUGGUUGAUUUAGUGAGUUUUUAAAAUAUUUUUUUUUGCAGAAUUAUAGAUCCUUUAUAGUCAAUGUUUUGCUGAUAUCAAAUUUCUGUUUUCAUCUUUAUUUAAUGGAAGAUAUAUUACUUGGAGUGCUUAUAUUAAGUGAACAAGUUGUACUCAUCUGCAGUUCUAUGUUCUACCUUAUAACCUGUUGUUGCUGCUCUGCAGCAAGCCUUGUAUUGUGUUUUAUUAAAAAGUCAUUUUUACUUACA